UCAUAUAAUAAUAGAUAUGGUAAUUUCACACUUCAAUUAAUUGUGUAGUAUAUUUAUUUUGGUAUUUUUGACGUGUGACGUUCGAUAAAUUAAAAGCGGGAAUUUAUGUUUGGUGAUUUGGUUCUGCCGUGAAUUUUCUUAGAAUUCAUCAAUCGUAAAAAUGGCAGUGGUCGAAGAAGAUGAAAGUAUGCUAGAUGCGUUAUUAUCAGCAGCUUCGGACGAAUUGGAAUAUUCUGGAAAAAAUGGCAGAUCUCUAAAAGAUACCGAUUUAUUUCAAAGUGAAGACAGUGUGCCACAAGUUGCAGAAGACCCAAUCAAAAGUGUCGUUCGAAGCGGAGAUACGGAUUCUUCUGAAGAUGAAAGCAAUAGAAAUUGGGAAAGUAGCAAAUACAACCAGUGUGGAAAAGUCGUGAAAGAUAUUUUGGGUACUUCGCCUGUUGCAGGGAGUAGCACAAAACAAAGACUAUCGCUCUGGAAGAAAAAAUCUGCUCUGUCCCAACCGGUACAACCACCUUCAAAGGUUAAGGCACAAACUUUAGAAAAACAAGACGUUUAUUCCGAUCCCAUUUUUGGCAUGCGAAUAAUAAAUCCCAUGAUUUCGUCAGCGGUUCUACAAGAACGAAUGCUCGGACGUGAGGCAGUGUUUUUAUCUAGAAUUAGCUACCAUUUGCAGUUCAAAAAACAAGACAGUGAUUGGGUAAUUGCUGGGGUUAUAGUCAAUAAGAGUACCAUAAAGACUUCCCAGAAAGGAAAUCAAUACAGCAUUUGGACUUUAAGUGAUCUAAGGGAAGACAUAAAAACUGUUGCUGUGUUUUUAUUUAGUAGUGCUCACAGCCAGUUGUGGAAAACCAGUGUCGGGACUGUUGUUGGUUUACUGAAUCCCAAUGUUUUGGACAAGCGGGAUGGAUCGAAGGACGAGGCAAGUCUCAGCAUAGACAACCCACAAAAAGUAAUGAUCAUGGGUCAGUCCAAAGACUUUGGGACAUGCAAAAGCAUAAAGAAAAAUGGAGAAAAAUGCACUGCUAUAGUGAACAAAAAUCGAUGCGAGUUCUGUGUGUUCCACAUUAAACAAGAGUACCAAAAAUGUAGCAAGAGAUCAGAGUUGCAAGCUAACUUUUCAGGCAGAGGUUUAAUGGCUCUCAGGAACAAAGUGUUGGGAAAAAACGAAGUAUUUUAUGCUGGAAAAUCUUACAUGGCCAUACCAUCUAAAAAAAGUGCCAAACUGGAACUGAAGGAUACAAACCGGCUUCAGAGUUUGAAUUCUAGAUUCGACGGAACAAAUACAAACUCAAACAAUGUCUUCAAAGCUAAAACUAACUCGACGACGAAGAAAAAACAAAGCGCCGCUAGAUUGGACGUGUCACAGGCACAAAGGAUGAGAGAUAUUGAGUUGUUGAAAAAGUUGGGAGGGUCAAACAACUUGGAAACAAAAAAUAACUUUUCAGGGACACGAUCUUCGGAUAUAACAUUGGAAGAGUCCAAAAGCAUUGCUCUGAGCGUGAUCAACAAGCUCAAAGCUAAAAAACAGACCGAUGGAGUGAGCCAGGCUGACAAAACGGAAGUCACUGAUGACAAAAUUUCACCAUCUGAAUCCCAGAUAGCUGUUGAAAAGCAAAAUGGAAACUUGGUAGAUUAUGUUCAACUGGAAGUCAGUCAAAAAGAAAACAGUAGCAAAAGUGUUGAUUUGAAAGUCAAUCCAAAAGCGGAAGAAAAAUCCACUCCAAAGAAAAUGAACAGCAAGUCCGAAACCGGCACAAACUUGAGUGCAAAAGAACGACCACCUUUCUUUCAAAGUCCAUCAGCUAAUGGCCUAGGAUUUCCAAAGCUAUCCAGUCCAGGUUCAGGGAGUUUCAUAGACCUCAACAAGCCAGUCACACCCAGACAUGCCGACAGGGCCAAGCUGAAUGCCAUCAGAUUGAUCCAGGAAAAGGGCCCCCUGAAGAAAGCCAACCCAAACAAUCUGAAAGGUUCUGGCAAAAAAAGGUUUUUAGAAGAAAACUUGGAAGUUAACAGUCCGGCAAAGAAAAGCAAACUAGCUGAGAGUGACUUAAUAUCCCAGCGCUUCAAGAAAAUGAUGGCAGCCACAUCAAGCCACAUGGAUCUCCUGGAGGCCAGAGACGAAGAGGAGAAGGAAAAAUACUUUGACAAGCUCGAAGCCAAAGAAAGAAUGGAAGAGAAAAUGACUAGCACUUUCAAGAUCGCAUGUAAAGCGGUGAGGUGUCUCGUGUGCAAGUACACGAGCUUCUCAGCUGCGGAUCAAUGCAAGUCUGAGAGGCACCCGCUGAAGGUUUUCGAUGCGUUGAAAAGGUUUUUCAAGUGCGGGCAUUGCGGUAACAGGAUCGUGUGUCUUGAAGUUAUACCGACAGAAGCGUGCAAGAACUGCGGCAGUGGGAAAUGGGAGAGGACUGGCAUGAUGAAGGAGAAAGUUGUGACUGCUGCGCAUUCGCUGUCAAUAAGAGGAGGGGAACAGAAGUUUAUGAAUUCUGUGACGACAGACGCGAAUAUCAAUCUUUUAGUUCCUGAUUCGAGUUGAAGAAGGUUCUAGAGCAGCAAUAAUUUUAUGAAAUGUGAUAUAUUUAUGAUUGUUUUACUGAUUCAAGUCACUUCUGAAAUAUAUGAAUAAUUUUAGUAGAAAUUUUCAGUGCAUUAUUGUGAAGAUUAAUUUUUUGAAUA